AUGGCCGCUGUGAUAACAAGCCCUCCGAAAAAAACAGGGAAUACAAACAACCACGCUUCAACCGGUGUUCGUAAGAAAUCAGGUCCAAAAUUCGAGUUAUCUGAAGAACAGAAAAGGGAUAUAAAGGAAGCAUUUGAUUUAUUUGAUACAGAAAAUACUGGUAAAAUUGAUACUAAGGAGCUAAAAGUCGCAAUACGUGCUUUGGGGUUUGAACCUAAAAAGGAGGAAAUCAAAAAGAUGAUUGCUGAAAUCGAUAAAGGUGACGGAAAGGUCUCAUUUGAUGAUUUUUUAGACUUGAUGACAGUUAAAAUGGCUGAGAAGGACACAAAAGAGGAAAUAAUGAAGGCAUUCAAACUUUUCGAUGAUGAUGAAACGGGUAAAAUAUCAUUUAAAAACCUGAAGCGCGUAGCAAAGGAACUAGGCGAAAACUUAACAGAUGAAGAAUUGCAUGAAAUGAUUGACGAAGCAGACCGUGAUGGUGAUGUGUCUAGUGUAUACAAAGAUAUUAGGGAUUUUUCAUUUGAUUCUCCUAUUCUGCCUAGUCUCAUAAAGAAUUUCUGGUUAGAUGCACAAUUUAUCUAA